AUGCCUAUCACAUACAACCGCGGGAACGUGAGGAAGAUAGCGUUUCGUACUAGAGGUCGUUCAGCGCAGUCCCUCGAUACGGGAGGGCCACGAGUGGAGCAGGGUGCAGGCGAUGGACGCUUGUUCCUUCAGAUUCGCCCUGCAAUUGCUGACCCUAGAGCAGCAUUUGCUCAACGCUCUCACACCAUACUUUCUGGCAAUGAUUACGUCCCCAAAGAUGACGUUAGAGAUGAAACGAUUAAUUUGCAAGCUGUUGGUGAAGGCAAAGUUCAGUUAUCUAGGACACCGCAAGAAAAAGACCGCUUACCAGACAGAAUCACUCUCGACAGAAGAGGCCUGUCAUCGAUCCCCCACAUAGUAGGAGAACCGGGGCUGAGAUUGUUGUCUCUUCAGCAUAAUUUAAUCAACAGUUUAUCAGGGUUGUCCCCUCUUGAUCUUGGCAAACUAGUAUUUUUAGAUGUCUAUGACAAUCAAAUCGACAAGAUUACGUCACUGGAAAGACUCUUUAGUGUGAGGGUUCUUCUCAUGGGCAAGAAUAGGAUUAAAAGAAUAGAGGGUUUAUCAAAUCUUGUGAAACUAGAAGUAUUGGAUUUACAUGGGAACAGAAUCAGUAAAGUAGGCGGUCUAUCAAACUUAAACGAAUUGAAGGUUCUUAACCUUGCUGGAAACCAAAUUAAAUGUAUAGGGGCAACGGAUCUUCAAGGACUUGUUUCGCUAAGAGAAUUAAAUCUUAAAAGAAACCGUCUGAGAAAACUACUAGGAUUUCAGCACACACCAAAGUUACAGAAACUUUAUUUAGGAAAUAACGAUUUACAAAGCGUAGAAGAUAUGUCGACACUUUCUGAAGUUACUUCUCUUAUCGAAGUUUCAUUAGAUGGAAAUCCUGUUGCUUUAGGAGGCGACUGCACGCCUUUCCUCGUAUCCUAUUUACCGAAUCUACUCACUCUAACGAAUAUGCAUGUCACUGAUCAAGUUCGUACUGCUGCAAUGGCUUGGCGAAGUAAUAAAGAAGCGGCACAUGCAGCUUACUGUGCUCUCGGAGGUACAGAGCAGCAAGCCGCUCGUCGUGAUCAAAUCAUCAACAACGCGCGAACAAAUUGGGAACUACUAAGGUCAGAAAAUAAAUGUUUUACAUCUACAAGUACCAACACACCAGUCAAAAGUGUAGAAAAUGAAAAAGAAUUUGUGCUUGAGGCAUCAACAAUGUUAUCUCCAAAUGGAGCUAUACAAGCAGCGGAAAUUGCAGCGCUACCUGAUGUUGUAGUUUCUUUGCAGCACGAAGCUGAAGAUUCAGACUGCAAGAACAACAGUGACACAAAUACAAAGACUUCUGAAUGUGUUCCUAAAAAGUCACCAAUACGUAAACUGCAAAGAAGUUCCACUGCUCGCAAGCCUAUCAAUGAAAGACGAGUAAAUUUUUCCGAAAGGAGUGCUUCCCAAGAUACAGACGCUUCACACUCCACAUCAACUAGCAGUGACCUGAGAUUACCGCCUAUACUACUUCCCAUAAUAUCUUCAUUAGAAAACGUAAAACUAUCUGAUGGUACUGAACCCGUAUUAAAGAGGUGGGAGAGUAUUUCUAGUGUAGAACCAAUAGUAGAUUCUUCGUUUAGUUCUUUGCCUUCCUCAACUAGUGACAGUGAAGAUGAAGCUAAUAAUAAGAGACAGUUCCGUCGAGCUCCGUCCUCCUUAAGAAGAAGGGAACAUUUUAGUUCGAUACGAUCUAAAUCAGUUUGCGAUCCUGAAAGCCGCAGAGCUAAACCGAAUGCAAAAAUCUCGGAUAAUAGUGAAAACGCUAGCAACAUAUCGGGCAGUACAAAUGUUGGAUCAGUUACAACCUCAUCGACAUCAGGGAGUGACCAGAACAAUAAAAUAUUACGGCGAGAAGGCUCUGUGAAUAGUAGAAUAAGUAAUAGAAAUAUUAGAAGUGCAACCAUUGCCAGGAGAAACGAACGGGCUUCUUCUGCGAAUAGAGCAUCGACUGCCAGAGUUGUAAAGUCUGGAAAAAGUUUGGCUAGUUUGAAGUCGUCUGAACCUGUUCCAAAGCCAGUAGUGCCUGUAACUAAAGAUAGGGAACAAGGAGUUGAUUACUUGGUGGAAGUUUGUGACGGAGUGGUGAGUGCCUGGGGAGCAGGAGCGGUGCGUAGGCUUGCUAGAGACUGGGAAUGGGAGCGAGCUCGAACUGUCACUCGAGCUGCUUUCCACUAUGUCCACUUUAACGCAGUCGCGCAAUCCUUGCCCGAAUUGAAAACAAAGUUUCCAAACGUGACCCACAUAUCUUUCCGUGCAACUGGCUUGCAGUGGCUGGGCCAACUGCAUGCUUUGGCAGAACUAAGAGGUAUUACUGGAUUAAGCAUAAUGCCAGAAGGAAACCCAAUACAUGCAAAAAUUUGGAGAGAGUAUGCUGUUUACAGACUAGCUCACUGGGGGUUGAAAGAGAUCAAUGAUGAAAUGGUAACUGAAGAUGAAAUUAAAUCCGCGAACAUGAAUUACUACGGGCUUAGUGACAUCGUGCUGAGGGCUUUACCUGAUGCUCCACUGCAACCUCUGCUAGCGAGGUUAGGCAGGAGUGGAAACAGUUCCAUCAGCGCCAAAGCUUGGCUCAGGGCUGCAGACCCUGCACUCAGGGAUGUCAUAGCCAAAGAAGCUUUGCAGUAUAAGAAAGGACACGUCUCACAGGAGGACAUGAGUUGGCGUGUAAGAGGUCGCGGACAAUUGAGCCAUGCAAUAGAACUAGCUUGUGGCGCCGCUCAGAGAUUGCGAGCCUUAGAAUUGCAGUGGCCUUCAAUCUUAGUAGAAAUGAUAGAAGAUAUCCUCAAAGACUUCGCCGAUAUGGAAUCACACGUGAAAGAACAAAUGCGCGCGCUUACUGAUUCUAUGUAA